AACACUCCAGACAACGACUCGCCGCGCGAAUGACGACUGAUAUUAUUGUAAUAUUGUAUUCGGUGAAUCGUGAACGACGAGAACUGUUCAAACCACAAUAUUAUUAUUAUUGUAGGUACGUACGAUCCCUGUAGACAUGACGUAAUCUUCGUGGUUACAGAUUCGUCCGCCGCGUACUGACAGGCACAAACGACGGUCUUCGGCAGUUCGGCGUCGGUGGCGGUGGUGUUGGUGGUCUAAUGACAAAUUGACGAACCGUGUUGUAAGUAGGUACUGACUGCUAAGUUAGGGGUACGAUUGGGAUAACAUUUCGUACCGUCGUUACCCCGUCCGUCUAAAGAUUAUUGUCCGGUUGCUUGAAUCGAUGGAAAAAAAUUCAAAUAUCGACUGCCCGAUACAAAUCGGUAGAAAUAAGGUAUACCUAGGGUGAAAUAUUUUUGAUAAGACAGGACAAGAUCCAGAUCCAUGAACUGUUGCAAGCGCUAUUUGUUCCAACUGUUCCGAGUGAUGUGGUGUUGAAUCUAGUUCGGUAUCGGGAGAAAACACCUCCAUUGUGGUCUGGUGAAAUCGUAGCAAUGAGCGAUUUCUCCGUGCGAAUUUAUACAAAGACUAUGGCAGCAGCAGCCAUGCGUCGCAACUGUUGUUGCUGGAAGCGCAUCAGGAUGUUACUUGUGUGUUUUGUCAUCCUGUUUGUACUGGUCAACGUGAUACUGACUUUGUUCAGCGCUAACCAUCAAACUGUUAACUCGGCUACUUCUGCAGCAGGUAUUGGUUACAACAGCAGCAGUAAAUGGGUUCAAGGUGAUACAGCAAAAUACAUAUCUAUAGAGGUGCUGUCCAGCAAAAACCGCGUGAAGAUAUGUGUUGACGAUGCAACGGUGAUUGAUGAUAGUGAUCCAUUAAAUAAUAGAGGCAUGCAUGUUGUCGUCUUGAAUCAACACACUGGUAUGGUGAUGGCUCAACGAGUAUUUGAUACGUACAUGGACGAUGAACCACUCAUUGGUUUUUUACAUCGUGUGUCUUCUGGCCGUAUAAUGAUAUUUGCUGUUAAAGAUGAGGCAUCAUUCCAUCUCACCAAUGAAGGUAGGCGUGCUAUGCAAAUGCAUACUGGCGCAAGUGGGGCAAGUUCUAGUAAAAGUGGGUCUGGAUCUGCAGCAGGAGGUUCAUUGUGGCUGUCUGAACUUGGUUGGCGAGAUAUGUGGGCAAUGGUAGCUAAACAUCAUAACAAUGAUCCAGAAGGACAAAGAAAUGGUGAAGGUACUGGUGGUCAUGUAUACGGAGAAAGCUAUAAUAGUAACCCAAGCUUAGUCUUACAGCAUAAUAGUAAGAGUGUGCCAGCUAUAUCUUCUUGGGGCACUGAUGUUUUACUGCGCGUACAAGUCCCACUUGAUGUAAAUCGUAGUCAUAACAAUCAAAAUGAUGAGUGGUGUGAUUCAUGGAUAACAGCUGGUGCUUCUGAUGAUAACAAUGAUGAUGAUGGUGAUUUUGGAGAUAGUGGCUCCAUUAUUGAUGAUGAUAUUGUAGUUGAAUCACCACUGGCUCGGCGGCAACGAUUCUGUAGCCGUAUUGAGGGCUAUGGUGAUGUAUGUAGCUGUGCACAUCCUGCUCCCCUAGAUUUUCAUCCAUUACCUAUACCUGAUUCAAAUAUUGACCGAGUUCCUGUCGUAAUAGUAGCUGGUAAUCGAGCUGACUAUCUUUACAGAACAUUAAAAUCUGUGCUGAAUGCUCGAGGUGUUCAACGACAUAUGGUUACUGUUCAUGUGGACGGAUAUUACGACGAACCUGUUGAAGUAGCUCGCCUGUUGGGUGUGAGGGCUGUGCAACACAUGCCUGCUAUAGGUGAUUCGGUCAAUGGUGUUAGUGGAGGGCAAAUUUCAAGCAAUACUAAUUCACGUCGCCGCCGAGUUACACAGCAUUACAAAUCAGCCUUAACAAACACAUUUGGUUCAUUGUUCCCUCAGGCUGAUUAUGCUAUUGUGUUGGAAGAUGAUCUUGAUGUUUCUGUUGACUUUUUUAGCUUCUUCAGUCAGACUCUUCCAUUGUUGGCAGUAGCUGAUGACUCUACAGAUGGUGGUAGUGGUUCUGGAUCGCUGUACUGUGUGUCUGCAUGGAAUGACCAAGGAUAUGAGCACACUGCUAGUCGACCAGAUGUUUUAUACCGUAUCGAUUGGAUGCCAGGAUUAGGAUGGAUGCUUAAAAAAUCCUUAUACAAGGACCAACUUGAAUCAGAAUGGCCAACAGUAGAGAAACCCUGGGAUUGGGAUAUGUGGAUGCGAUCAACCAAAGUACAGCGUGGUAGACAAUGUAUAGUACCAGAAGUCAGUAGAACAUAUCAUUUUGGAUCAUCUCGUUCUGUUAACGUGAAUCCAUAUUUUCAACGUACAUAUUUUGGUCGUCAUGCAUUUUAUAACCCUACCGCUGCUACAAAUGGAGCAAGUGCUGGAUCUCAUAGUGGUGGAGCUGGAGGAGAAUAUGAUGAUGGAGGGGGUUUGAUUCGUUUCAAAAAUAUUGACAAGAUGACUCGAAUAACAUACCUUGGGUGGAUGGAACGUAGGAUCAUGACAGAAGGCCAACUGUUAGAUCAUACUAGGUGGCCCUGCCGCAAAAAACAGUGGAAUAAUGAAGGUAGCAAACAUAAUGAUAACAGACGUGUGCAGAAUGCAAAAAAAAGAAACUAUUAUCAAUCAGACGAAGAAUUUUUCGUUAUUGAUGAAAUGAUGAAUAAUGACAAUACAAUUAGAUCUAAAAAAUUAUUUUUACUAUUCAUAAAAAUGGAAGAUCCAUCUGGUGGCAACAGAAAUACAGCUAAUGUGGCUUGGACUCCUUUGGCAAAAUGCCUAGGUAUAUGGGAUCUAGACAUUAGAGGACAUUACAAGGGAAUGUGGCGGCUAUAUCUUAAUACAGAUAAUCAAGAUGACGGAACAAAUGCAGACGAAGAAGGAAUUCCAACACAUAUUAAAAGUGGUUCUGAAUUAUUUAUUAUCAGUUGCCCAUUUUCACACUUUUGCAAAUUCAAGCCGAUGAAUGUGACUGCUUUAUGGUACAAUAGCAUUGGAAUUGGGGAAGAUGACGAUGGUGGAGACGAUAUGCUGUAGGUUUUGAACAGUUGAGGACAAAAAGACUACUGAUUAAUGUAGUUAUUCUUAUUACCAUUAUAUCAUAAUAUACUACAUAUCUAUGUUAAACAUUUAAAAUUACAAUUUUAUAAUGUUUCAUCUCAUUUAUUAUUAUUUUKUAAAAACAUACUAGUAUGGGUAUAUAUAUAUAAUAGGUACAUUAAGUAUGAUAAUGCUUGCAAGCUUGUUAUGAGGAUCUCAUUCUAAUUAAUAUUUUGAAGAAUCACCCUCGAGGACCGCCUAUCCUCGGAAUAGUACUUCCAUUCUCACUCUUUUAUGAUAAAACUCAAGCUAUCUCUCAUAAUCUGUUUGGUUCGACUAUAUAUCCCAGUCCUCAAAACAAAUGUUCCAUACAUUUCUAUGAGCCUUUAGUCAUUAUAUCAGUAUAUAACAUAUUGUAAGUAUUAUAAACUCUUCCAGUUUUAACUAAAUAAACUGCCGACAUGAUAUUUUAACCCUAAUUUUUAAUGUAGAGACUGCUUUAAUUUCUUAUUUAAUUUAAUUUACUUAACUUAGGCCAGGUUCUCAUGAAUCAAAUUCUUGUCAAAAUGUGUCUCUUUAGAUUUUUAACAUACCAUAUAAAUGGUACACCUAUACAAAAAUGUAUUUGUCACUGGUACAUUUCCAGAAGAUAUGGCAAAAGUCAAAAAUAAGAAUAGCAAAUAAUAUACUUUUUAAUGUACUAUAUAUAUAUGCCAAUUGUUGAAAAUUUAAUAUAGGUCUAUGUAAAUGACGAACCCACUUGACACGUUCUUUGCAAGUAUAGCAAUCACGAGAACCCAACUUUAAAAUUAAGCUGAAGAAUUUUUUACUUUAUUAAUUAUAUGAUAUAAAUAUGUUAUAAUUGUUAAUUUAUAUCAAGAAUAAUACAAUGAUAAACUAAUUUUUAUUGUUUUUAAUGUGUUUAUAACUUGUUUUGACUCUAAAGCUAAAAUAUAUUGUAUUUUAUCAUUAUUUUUAAGUUAAAAUUAAAUAAUAUUUUUAUACUAAGGU